UUAGUGACUAAAAAGAAUGCACUUCAUGUCACUCCAAAGAGUAAAUAGCUAAAGUUAUGGAUUAACUAAGUUCCAGCAGAGCUCAUGGCUGAAGAAUAGAUCUCGCUGUUUCAGAGUGAAUAAAGCAGUGACACCUGCUGCAGUAUGUGGAAGCUCGUCAAUAUAGGGGUGCUGCUGGCUGCCCUCUCUUCACAAGUCUGUAGUGCCUCAAUAUUUUACAGCAAUAGAGAUGCAAACCAGGUCCUGAAAAUCCAGAAGCGUGCAAACUCUUUCCUGGAGGAGCUCAAACCGGGCUCUGUGGAGCGUGAGUGCGUUGAGGAGCGGUGUGACUUUGAGGAGGCCAGUGAGAUAUUUGAAACCAAGGAAGCAACUAGAGAUUUUUGGAGCAAAUACGUAGAUGGAGAUCAAUGUAACCCACAGCCUUGUUCCAAUGGGAUUUGCAAAGACAACAUUGGAAAAUUCUCCUGCAUCUGUAACAAAGGCUGGGAGGGCGUUUUUUGCAAUUAUGAAGUCAAGUACACCAACUGUUCUGUCAAUAAUGGAGGAUGUGAGCAUUUCUGCACAGAUGACCCUGGCAACCAGUACCGCACUUGCAGCUGUGCCUCUGGGUAUCAGUUGAUGAAUGACCAUACGAUGUGCAAGCCUGUAGUGGAGUUCCCCUGUGGAAGAGUGAAAAUGGAUUACAUUGAAGCCAAAGCAGGAUUCAAUAUUCGUCUCAUUGAGGGAAGAAUAGGAAGAAGGGGAGAUAGCCCUUGGCAGAUUAUGCUGCAAAAUAGCAAAGGGAAAUUCCUGUGUGGGGGUGUUCUCAUCCAUCCAUCCUGGGUCCUGACGGCAGCGCACUGCACUGAGGCAGAGGAUGGGCUCAAAGUGAGACUUGGUAAAUUCCACCGUCUCCGUCUUGAGGCAGAUGAGCAAACCAUUUGGGUUGAUAAAUGUGUGAGCCACGAGAACUACACCAAGGAGACAUCUGAUAAUGACAUAGCCAUGCUGCACUUGGCUGAGCCUGUGAUGUAUAACAAAUACGCGCUCCCUAUCUGCCUUCCCACCCGUGACCUGGCAGAACAGGAGCUGAUGACAAGUGGGAAGCAGAUGGUGGUAACUGGCUGGGGCAGCACAAGUGAUGCUAACAGCAAUUACUCUACUUUCCUCAGUUAUAUCCAAAUCCCCAUGGUUCCCCGGAAUGAGUGUGCCCAGGCGAUGAGAUUUGCUAUCUCUGACAACAUGCUGUGUGCUGGCAGCUUAGGAGACAGAAAAGAUUCCUGCAGUGGGGACAGUGGAGGCCCUAUGAUCACUAAGUAUAAAGAUACUUGGUUUUUGGUAGGACUGGUGAGCUGGGGCGAAGGCUGUGGGAGAAAGGAGAAGUUUGGAGUCUACACCAAAGUUAGUCAGUAUCUUGAGUGGAUCCAACACCACAUAGAUAAGAUGUCAGCUUCUUGGCAGGGUUGACUCUGAUACUGAAAGUCUGGAAUAUUGUGGCUAUGUGCUACUGACAGUAUGCAGUGUAAUGUACUGUCAGAUCUUCAGUAUUAAAUAUGGAGUAUAUGUUAA